CAACAAGAACAAGGCGCGAUCCGGAGGACGAAGCAAGUUGACUAGCAAGCAGUACGAGCGUGAAAGGUGCACCGCAAGCGUGCGAACGGAAGCCAAGCAAAGAAUUCCAAAUCCCCACGCCGAGUCGCCGAUCCGCUCCCUCCUACCCCACCACGCCGCCGGCCAGCUAGGCCUCUCCCUCCCGAAUCCCGAUCCAUCACCCAGCCGCCGCCAGCAUCCACGAGGAGGGGCCAUGGACGGGAGCAGGAAGAAGAAGUGGGUGGCCUGGGCGGUGGCGGCCGCCAUCUUCGUCGUCCUCAUGCUCGUCACGCCCGCCAUCCCGCAGGACGAGGCCUACCACGACUUCGCCGACCAGCGCACCCUCUUCCUAGGGAUUCCUAACACCUUGAAUGUGAUCUCCAACAUCCCCUUCUUUUUUGUUGGCGUCACGGGGCUCAUCUUGUGCCACUACAAAAACUAUUUCAGGCUAAGCUCACAGGGGGAGCUCUGGAGUUGGACACUGUUCUUUGCCGGCGUCACCGCUGUUGGAUUUGGUUCUUCCUAUUACCAUCUCAACCCAAAUGAUGCCACGCUAGUUUGGGACAGACUGCCAAUGACGAUUGCUUUCACUUCUGUCAUGGCUAUAUUCAUCAUUGAAAGGGUUGAUGAGAGAGCAGGUGCAAAGUCCCUUGCACCACUUGUGAUUACUGGUGCCUUGAGCAUCAUGUAUUGGAGACACUUUGAUGAUCUUCGUCCGUAUGCAGUGGUUCAGUUUGUUCCAUGUAUUGCUUUACCUGUGAUGGCUAUAGUAAUUCCACCGAUGUAUACACAUUCAAGCUACUGGUUGUGGGCAGCAGGAUUUUACCUCCUUGCUAAAGUGGAAGAGGCUGCCGACAAACCUAUCUAUAACUGGACUCAUCAGAUUGUCAGUGGUCAUACUCUUAAGCAUCUAUGUGCUGCGAUGGUACCAGUGUUCUUGGCUCUCAUGCUAGCUAAAAGGACUAUUGAACCAGAAAGGGUAAGCUUGCUCCAGAAAUGGAAGAUCAGUUGGGUUACAGUGAGAGAGAGGCGUUCCAAAGAUAGCAUCACAGUUGAUGUGGAUUGCAACUACGCUGCUGUUUCAAAUACUACAUCUGAACAGUAAACAUGCAUCUAGUUAACAUUAUGCGCACGUGUAUGAGUGUAUGGGAGAAAAGCAGGGGACGUCUGAAACAUGAAGAAACCCAAGCUAUGGUAGAGUUUUUUCACCUGUGCUGUGCCUGUGUUGUUAGUUAGAGUCGCUGAUAAAGCUGUGUGGGUGCAGACAAAUCUUGUACAUAGCAAUAGAAGCAGCAUAAGUAUCGGAAGCUUUUAUUUAUUUCAUCAGUCAUUCCAUUUACUUUUUUUUUGCGUUGGGAUCAAGAUGCAUGAUAUAGUUUUGUA